UUCAUUCUUUUAAGCAUUUAAAUCUAGUGGUUACUGAACGAUUUUAUGCUUCGGUUGCUUAUAUGAAACUGUCGCUGUUUCCGUUUAGUGUGAAAUACGCUAGCAUAGCAUUUAGCAAUAUAGAGGACAAGGCGUUCAACGGGACUUCCGUUUUACCUCCCACCCCAGUGUGACAGGCUGACAGUCAGCGCCUGUGUAAGUGGAUACGAUUGUAUGUAUGAAGCUGGAGUAAGUCGCCUACACAGUUAGUUUGUAAACUGAACCAAACGAAUGAGACAGUACAUUUUGGUAAUCAGCGACCAUGGAUUACAAUGUUGCAUUGCUGGCACAAACGUUGGGGAUUGCGUUUUAGUUUCCAAGAUUUAAAAGAUAGUGAUCUCAAUGUAUAAUUAUUUUAGGCUAUGUUUUAGUAUUGUCAGGACACGAGAAACUAAGCCGAAUGUAUUUCAAACAUACAAGAGUUCUUGAAUGGGUGUAUAAAUCUGAGAAUUGAGGGUUUCGAACCUGAGAGGCUGUAUUCGGGUGAGAACUUCUGAGCACCCUGUGGACUGUAAACGUUGCUGCUGAAGACUGUGUCUCUGGGGGGUCAUGCCACCAGCCCACCACUUCUGCACCCAGCCUGGCUUCCUCCGUGCACGCUUUGCCCUCGUCCAAGUCUAACAGGUCCCUGCACAGGCAGUCAACAUUGCGGAGAUGUCUGAGAACGGUGGCAGUGGGCAGCUGAUCGUGAAGGCCCGCUUCAACUUCAAGCAGAACAACGAGGAUGAGCUUUCCUUCAGCAAGGGCGACCUGAUCUGCGUCUCCCGGCAGGAGGAUGGGGGCUGGUGGGAAGGCACCGUUGGCGGCCGCACCGGCUGGUUCCCUAGCAACUAUGUCCGAGAGGUCAAGCCCUCUGAGAAACCCAUGUCUCCCAGAGGUCUGAAAGGGUUUGAGCUGCCCCAGCUGACAAAGAACUACUACGGCGUGGUGGUCCAGGACAUUCUGGAGUUUGAGCGAGAGUUUGUGAAGGAGCUGCAGACCCUGCUGAGCUGCUACCUGCGCCCCCUGCAGGCCAGCGACAGGUUAUCCAGUGCAGACAGCACUAGCCUGAUGGGGAACCUGGAGGACAUCCUGACGUUUCAGCAGGGCCUCUGCGUGGCUUUAGAAGAGUGUGCCAAAAUGUCGGAGGGCCAGCAGCGUCUGGGCGGCUGUUACCUAAACCUGCUGUGUCAGAUCCGGGUGCUAUACCUGUCCUACUGCUCCAGCCAUCCCUCUGCAGUGUGUGUGCUUACUGACCACGGGGAGGAGCUGGACAAGUUCUUGGACAGCCAAGGCUCCGGCACCCCGGGGGUCCUGACCCUGACCAGCAGCCUCAGCAAGCCCUUCCUGCGGCUGGACAAGUACCCCACACUGCUCCAGGAGCUGGAGAGACACGUGGAGGAAGCCCACCCAGACUAUAGCGACAUUCUGAAAGCCACAACGUCAUUUAAGACCCUGGGGAUUCAGUGCCAGGAAGUACGUAGGCGUAAGAACCUGGAGCUGCAGAUCGUGUCGGAGCCAGUGCGGGGCUGGGAAGGAGAGAGCAUCAAGUCUCUGGGUCACGUGACCUACAUGUCCCAGGUGCACACGCAGAGUGCAGCCAGUGAGGAUAAAGAGGAGCGCUACUUCCUGCUGUUUCCCAGCGUCCUGCUCAUGCUCUCAGCCAGUCCUCGCAUGAGUGGAUUCAUCUACCAGGGAAGGUUACCUCUGGCAGGGAUGACUGUGAGCAAGCAGGUGGAGGAUGCGGACAACGCGCUCUUCUCCUUCGAGAUUUCAGGUAGCAUGGUCGAUCGCACCACGGUGUUCUGCAGCACCCAGCAGGAGCUCCAGGAGUGGCUGGAUCAUCUGCACCCUCUAACAAAAGGAGGCAGCCCAGGGGGCAGCAUCAGCAAGAAUGCUGAAGGCAAACAUGGGAGUGCUGCGGGCACCUCCAGCCAUCAGGGGUACGGCACCCCCGCCACGACCCGGGGACCCCUUGAGCCCCCGAAAACCAGCAAGCCCUGGUCCCUGAGCUGCCUGCGCCCCGCCCCACCCCUCAAGCCCUCUGCCGCGCUGGGCUACAAGGAGAGGAUGUCUUAUAUCCUGAAGGACUCCAGUAAAAGCCCCAGGCCAAUGAAGAAAUUCCUUCCAAAACGAAAAACGGAAAGAAAGCCAUCAGAUGACGAGGUCCUCCCGAGGAAAGCAGGUACAGCAGCCCUGGAGGAGGAUGCCCAGAUUUUGAAGGUCAUUGAAGCCUACUGCACAGGGGCCAGCAUUCAGCAGGCCAGCACUGCGGUGCGGAAGGAGGGAGCGCCGCAGGUCCUUCUGCCUGAGGAGGAGAAGAUCAUCAUGGAGGACGUGAGGAGUAACGGCCAGACGGUCAUCGAGGAAAAAAGCCUUGUGGAUGCGGUCUAUGCAUUAAAGGAUGAAGUCCAUGAGCUGAAGAAGGAGAAUAAGCGGAUGAAGCAGUACUUGGAGGAGGAGCAGAAGUCCAGGAAGGAGCUGGAGAGAGUGGUCAGGAGGUUGGCCAAACAGAAGAAUGACUCUGAAGAUGGCAGCCGCUGAAACUGUCUAUUCUUCAGGGUGUGAGUGUGUGUGCGUAGCAGGUGGAUGUCAGGACACAUCAAGGCUCUUCCAAAGAGGAAACCAGGACAAAGAAGACGUGGGAAGUGAAUGAAGAUAUUCAAGAUACUUACUGUCAGCUGUUGCCUCAAUUACAGAUUGUUCCGGUCUUAAUGAAGAAAACAACCAAAACUAUUUUGAACAGCGGCCAGUCUAUCAUGGUGAAUGUAUAGGCUAUUGUACAGUUAAAUGAACAGCAUAAAACCCUUCUAAUAGGUGGCUAAACAUUGACUUUUGAAUGCAUGUUUCUGGAAAAUGGUCUACAUUUAUAUAGCGCAUUUAUCCAAAGCGCUUUACAAUUCAUGCCUCUCAUUUACCCAUUCAUACACACACUCACACUCAACAAAGGCGAUAAACUACCAUGCAAGGUAUCAAUACAUUUAUCUGGAGAAAUUGGGGGUUGGGUGUCUUGCUCAGGGACACUUCGACAACCAGUGCAGGGUAUCAAACCACAACCUUCCAACAGCCAGACAACCACUCUUACCUCUAAUGGUAAGAGCUAAUGUUGUUUUGGUAUUUUAGUAGACAGAAGCACAUUCAGUGUUGGACACACCCUCAAUUCUGUUCAGUCUGCCUCUGUCAGGUUUACUUUAGGCUGGUGUUUCCGGUACACAAAAAAGGGGGAAAUGCACACUGUUGGCACUGUCAAAUCCAUCUCGUCACAAAGCGCCAUGUCUUUGACUUUGAAAUGGAAGAUCAUUUUGUACUUGCUCAUUUUUCAGACAUAAGGGCAUUGUGGGCAUUGUGGUUAGAUUGAAUCUAGCUUUUAAAAAGUGCUGAUAUAAAACUGUCUUUUUGUAUGAUUUUAGCAUCACAAAUGAUUUCGUCCCUGUGUGCUUGUAUAGUUCCCUUACAGUCUGCAUGUCUGCUUAGCAUUUCAUAUUCUCAGCUUAAGGGAAAUGCUUCUGAGAAAGCUUAUAAGAAAAUGGAAACCACUCAUGUUGCAUAUUUUUUGACAGUUGCCUCCUUAAAAGUCUAAAGCCUUCAGAGAUAAUAUCCUGAUAAAAAUAUACAUGCAUGUCAAUAUGUACGUAUGUAUAUCAUAUAUGCAUACUUAUAUAAAAAAUAUUGUCUUACUUUUAAGCAUCUUUUGCUUAACCUUAUAACUUUGUCCUUUGGGCAAAAAAAAAUAUAUAGCUUAUUUAAUUUUGUUUGAAAGAAAGAUAUUAAAGUUUGUAGGCGAUACUGUAUAUUUAGUGCUGGUAGCCCACUGGUGAAGGAUGUUUGUUUUAACUCAGUGUCUGUUGACAUGAGGCUGGAUUCUGCUUUGCUGUUCCAUGGCAGUGCUUCAGUCCCCAGACACAGUUGCUGUGGACAGAGACCAUUGGCGUGGACAGACACAGUUGCUGUGGACAGAGACCGUUGCCAUGGACAGAUACAGUUGCUGUGGACAGAUACAGUUGCCGUGGACAGAUACAGUUGCUGUGGACAGAUACAGUUGCCGUGGACAGAUAUAGUUGCCGUGGACAGAGACAGUUGCCGUGGACAGAGACAGUUGCCGUGGACAGAGACCGUUGCCGUGGACAGACACAGUUGCCGUGGACAGACACAGUUGCCGUGGACAGACUGUUGCCGAUGCAAAUGUUAUCAAUUUGGUAAAUUAUGCAAUAAUAUUCCCCUAGUUCUCUAACUGAUUAUUUAAGCUGGCUUCCUAAAACAAUCAAAGUAACAAGUAGAAGCAGCAGUUUUAAUGUAUCAUGCAAUGAACUACAUUUCACUGAAUGUUAACUCAGCACACAUUUUGUGCUUUAUUUAUAUUUUUAGAUUAUGCCUGAGUGCCAUCAGCUGUAUGCGUAUGUUUCUGAAAGCCUUGGGACUAGCAAUUCAAAAAGGUUGUAAUAAUGGGCUACAAUAUUUUCCAAAAUUAUUGUCUUUUUUUCAUUUGUUUUCUUCUAAAUGUUCAUUGGCCAUUUAAAGUCUUAUUUGUGAUGCAGAUGUGUGGUUUUAAAUGCCGUUUCUUCAGUAUGGAAGCUUUUCUCAUUUGUCUCAGAGGUCGAGUGGAAGAGGGGGCAUGACUAGAUCAUAAUAUUUUCUUACAGGAAAUGGUCUGAGUCUGCAGUCCAUUCCAUAUUUGUACAUUCUGAAAUUAUUCUAUGCAAGGAAAUUACAAUUAUACAUACUUUUUUCUAGCACUUGCAUGCUAUUUAUAAUUUGCUUACUGUCAGUAAGACAUUUCUUUUAAUAAAAACUAUAUAUCUAUAAA